AUGUCAACUUCAAUUAAUAAUAAUAAUUUACUUUCAUCAAAGAAAGGGGUAAAUUUUUCUCCAGAAUAUGAAAAAGAUUCUACUAUUAAAUCAACAUCUAUUACAAAAAUUCCACCUGGAAAUAGUCAAAAAUCUUCUUCAAGUAUUCCAUUUUCACAACCUGUUAAAAGACAUCCGAUGCCUUGUAGUAAUAUUAGCACUAAUUUAGACACAACAAGUUUAGUUUCUUCUAAUGCAGGAAAAAGAUUGAAUGAAGCUUUUACUUUUUGGAAGAUGAAUAAUUUAGCCAAUUUUAAAAUAAGCUCACAAGAAUUUACAAUUUUGGAAAAAGAAUUAGAAAAACAAAAUAUUGAAGGUACAAAAUGUAAAGAUGUUCAUAAAUGGUUAAUUAAUAAUAAUGGAAAUUAUGAGAAACAAGUUAAAAAAUUUAGUAUUUGUAUAUAUAUUCUCUCUAAAUAUAUAUAUAUUUCAAAACAAACAGCACUAGAUACUUUAUAUGAAUCUGCCCGUCAAGGUGUUUUAACAUUUUCAGAGCUUAAAAAUUCAUAUUAUAUUGAUUUUAUAAAGAAAAUGGAACCUGAUGUCUCAUUAACAUUGGAACAAUUAGCAUUGAUAAUUAAAAAAAUUUUAAAAAAAAGAUUUCAUUAA